AUUGGAUAGUGCACAUCCAUUGAAUCCCUCCUUCACCUUUGUCAAUUUCUGAGCUUGCAUUAGAACGCCUCGUUGUUUCCCAUGCUUGGAAAGAAGUUCACAGCCUUUAUCUGAGGUUCGGAAGAGAGAGGGCGCCUACAGAAGAGAAAAUCAUAGAAGCUUAAUCUUUUUGGAUUUCUCUGCAAAUCGAGUGGGACCCGCCAAAUUGACGGGGAAGAGCAGUGACCGCGAGCCAUCUGGAAUCGGAAAGGCUACCGCAGCGACUGUUACAAUCAGGCGCGCAACAUUGUUGCAGUGUGACUGCUCGAGCGCGAACAAGGGAACAACACACAUCCAGCAAUGGUUUACAUGAGAGCAUUUUAUCAGACUUUUAUAUUAUUGUAAACGUAAAGCUUUUCUCAAAUUCUAAUUAAAUCCCGGGUGUUUAACAGGAAGGAAUACAAUAUAUUUUCUUAAAGGAUAAAGUAUGCCGGACCAAAUUACAGUGUCCGAGUUCAUGGCGGAGACAAAUGAAGAUUAUAAAGCGCCAACUGCAUCAAACUUCACCACUAGAAUGUCCCACUGUAGGAGUACCGUGACUGCUUUGGAGGAGGCACUGGAUGUGGACCGCAGUGUGCUGUACAAGAUGAAGAAGUCAGUCAAGGCCAUCUACACCUCAGGCCUGGCCCAUGUGGAGAAUGAGGAGCAGUACACCCAGGCCCUCGAGAAGUUUGGGGAGAACUGUGUCUACAGGGACGACCCCGACCUGGGCUCUGCCUUCCUGAAGUUCUCUGUCUUCACCAAGGAGCUCACCGCCCUCUUCAAAAACCUGUUCCAGAACAUGAACAACAUCAUCACCUUCCCUCUGGACAGCCUGCUGAAAGGAGACCUGAAAGGAGUCAAAGGGGACCUGAAAAAGCCUUUUGAUAAGGCCUGGAAAGACUACGAAACGAAAGUCUGCAAAGGACAUUCUAUACUGAAAGGCACUAAGAUCGAGAAGGAGAAGAAGGAGCAUGCGCGGCAGCACGGCAUGAUCCGCACUGUGAUCAGCGGGUCGGAGAUAGCAGAGGAGAUGGAGAAGGAGAGGAGGUUCUUCCAGCUGCAGAUGUGUGAGUAUCUUCUUAAAGUGAAUGAGAUCAAGAUCAAGAAAGGGGUGGAUCUACUCCAGAAUCUCAUCAAAUAUUUCCAUGCACAGUGCAAUUUCUUUCAGGACGGGCUGAAAGCAGUAGACAACCUCAAACCCUCCAUAGAGAAGCUAGCCACAGACUUACAUACGAUAAAGCAGGCCCAGGACGAGGAGAGGAAGCAACUCACUCAGCUACGGGACGUUCUCAAGUCAGCGCUGCAGGUGGAGCAGAAGGAGGAGUCCCAGGUGAGACAGAGCGCCACCUACAGUUUGCACCAGCCUCAGGGCAACAAGGAGCAUGGUACCGAGCGCUGUGGGAACCUCUACAAGAAGAGUGACGGGUUAAGGAAAGUGUGGCAGAAGAGAAAGUGUUCAGUAAAGAACGGAUACCUUACCAUAUCACAUGGGACGACAAACCGACCGCCGGCAAAACUCAACCUCCUCACCUGCCAGGUGAAACACAACCCAGAGGAGAAGAAGAGCUUUGACCUCAUCUCACAUGACAGAACGUAUCACUUUCAGACAGAGGAUGACCCAGAAUGUCAGAUAUGGAUCUCUGUGCUGCAGAACAGUAAGGAGGAAGCGUUGAAUAAUGCUUUUAAGGGAGACCAGCACGUUGGGGAGAACAACAUCGUCCAGGAGCUGACCAAGGCCAUCCUGGGAGAGGUCAAGAGGAUGACUGGCAACGAUGUCUGCUGUGACUGCAAAGCGCCCAACCCCACAUGGCUCUCCACUAACCUGGGCAUCCUGACGUGUAUAGAGUGUUCUGGGAUCCACCGGGAGUUGGGAGUCCACUACUCCAGGAUUCAGUCCCUCACGCUGGACGUCCUCAGCACCUCUGAACUCUUGCUGGCCAAGAACGUGGGGAAUGCAGGCUUUAACGACAUCAUGGAGGCGUGUCUAUCUGCGGAAGAUGUGGUCAAACCCAACCCUGCCAGUGACAUGCAAGCCCGUAAGGACUUCAUCACAGCCAAGUACACAGAGAAGCGUUUCGCCAGAAGGAAGUGUCCAGACGGGGUGUCCAAGCUGCACACGCUCUGUGACGCAGUCAAGUCCCGGGACAUCUUCUCUCUGAUUCAGGUGUAUGCUGAGGGAGUGGAUCUGAUGGAGCCCAUCCCCCUGGCCAACGGACAUGAACAAGGUGAAACGGCCCUUCACCUAGCGGUCAGAUUAGUGGACAGGACCUCGCUCCAUAUCGUUGACUUCCUCACUCAAAACAGUAUGAACCUGGACAAGCAGACAGCCAAAGGCAGUACAGCCUUACACUACUGCUGUCUGACUGACAACAUGGAGUGCCUCAAACUGCUCCUGCGCGGCAAGGCCUCAAUUGACAUAGCUAGUGAGUCUGGGGAGACGCCGCUGGACAUCGCGAAGAGACUGAAGCACCUGCAGUGUGAGGAGCUGCUGAACAUGGCGCUGGCGGGGAAAUUCAACGCCCAUGUGCACGUAGAGUACGAAUGGCGUCUGCACCAUGAAGACAUGGACGAGAGUGAUGAGGACCUGGAUGACAAGGUGAGGCCCAGCCCCCAUCGGAGAGAGGAGCGCCCUGCCAGCUGCUACACCCCUGGCCCCAACUCCCACCUCCAUCCCAGCCCGGCCUCCCUGGCACGGGACAAGCAGCGUGGUGGGUACAUGCCCAACCUAGUCACCAACGAGACCUAUGGUGCCAUCCUCAACGCCAGCCCUCCUGCGCCAGGGGGGCCUUCCAUGACCUCUGCACCCCCUCUGCCCCCAAGAAACAUAGCCGAAAACCCUGAAGAGCAAGCAAUGCACGUCUUCAGGAACCAGCUUUCCCCCUCCUCUCUCCUCCCUCCUCCAGUCCAGAUGCCAGGUCUGUGUGGGAUGGUCCAGUCAUCAAGGUCCUCUGGGUGGAAAUCUGGCUCGAUAGACCUGGGGGGCCGACAGAGGUCCUCCUCAGACCCCCCCAACAUGCACCUCCCGGUACCCCCCAUGCGGGUCACCUCAACCACUGGUCUUGCUCCUCCCCCCGUGGUCAAGACAGUGAGUGUGAUGGAUGCUAUGAACCAGCAGUCCAAACCAGGGACCGGACAUGGCCACAGCAGAGCCCCACCACCCAAGUCUCCAUCUGGCAACGCCAAAAGCUUCAGCAAAGGACCGACUCGAACGGGGUCCAUCGAAAGACCAGCUAAGGAAGUGCCGGGAUGCCGCCAGAACUCGAUAGGUCAAUCGCUGCCUCCGGCCCCCAUGCCUAGGAAGACCUAUCCGAAGCAGAGGCCCAAGCGAGUAAAGGCCAUCUAUAACUGUCUGGCAGACAACCCAGACGAGCUGACUUUCUCUGAGGGGGAGGUGAUCGUGGUGGACGGGGAGGAGGACCAGGAGUGGUGGCUGGGCCACAUUGAAGGAGAGCCAAUGAGGAGGGGGGCUUUCCCCGUCACAUUCAUACACUUCAUCAUGGACUGAAGGUCAAAGGUCAACACAGGCACUGAUCUGGGAUGGAAACCUCCACCUCCCCACGUCUGCUGGUUUGUGGGACGAAAUCAUCAUGUUCAUCAUCAAGCUUGUGCCUGCGCUAACACUACAGAAGAAUCAAGUGUCGCUGCCCAAUGUUUUGGCUGGACAGUCUGGGGGGUUGCCAUGACAACAUACACACCCUUCACUCCGGGAAUGUUACGUGACAUCAUAUCACUGCUCAUUAGACCAAGCCCGCAGAUGCUCUUGAGGAAACUGUGUUUAGACUUCUGACACCAUCUGACAUUUUAAAUAACAAUGAUUGUAAUGAGUGUUCACAACAUUAAGAGGAUUAUUGACCAAAUGAAGGUUCUGUUCAUAAGUUUCACUUGUUUUCCUCUGUGUGAAUUGUACAGAAAGUUAUUUAAAAACAACUGAUAGAGGGGACUACACACAGUAAUGUGGAUCUUUAGGAUUUCUUUCACUUAUCGUUAAUGUGAAUAUAGUCGUUGUGCUUACAUUCCACCUCCUUGCAUGGUUAAAGGGUGAAGUUUGAAGUUUUUUUACGCAUAAUUGCUUAGUAGUCAAAGACAUGUAAACUUGUUAGGACUUCCAAUGUUGGAGGAAAAACUUAAUUCAAAAUGGUGCUAACCCAGGAAUAUGCUAGGAGCCCUCACGUAGGGAUGAUCCACUGUCCCCAUCUCAAGACAGCCUGUAACGUGGUAACGGGGUUGACGUGGGACAGCCUGUAACGUGGUAACAACAGGGGGUUGAUGUGGGACAGCCUGUAACGUGGUAACAACAGGGGGUUGACGUGGGACAGCCUGUAACCUGGUAACAACAGGGGGUUGACGUGUGACAGCCUGUAACGUGGUAACAACAGGGGGUUGACGUGGGACAGCCUGUAACGUGGUAACAACAGGGGGUUGACGUGGGACAGCCUGUAACCUGGUAACAACAGGGGGUUGAUGUGGGACAGCCUGUAACCUGGUAACAACAGGGGGUUGAUGUGGGACAGCCUGUAACGUGAUAACAACAGGGGGUUGAUGUGGGACAGCCUGUAACGUGGUAACAACAGGGGGUUGACGUGGGACAGCCUGUAACGUGGGAACAACAGGGGGUUGACGUGGGACAGCCUGUAACGUGGUAACAACAGGGGGGUUGACGUGUGACAGCCUGUAACGUGGUGACAACAGGGGGUUGAUGUGGGACAGCCUGUAACGUGGUAACAACAGGGGGUUGAUGUGGGACAGCCUGUAACGUGGUAACAACAGGGGGUUGACGUGGGACAGCCUGUAACGUGGUAACAACAGGGGGGUUGACGUGUGACAGCCUGUAACCUGGUAACAACAGGGGGUUGAUGUGGGACAG